UUGCGCUGUUUUCUUCCUUUUCUUCGGAUUUUCACAACCAACUGUUUUCUUUUCUUGUCUCCCUCUUUUCCUUGAUCCCUUUCUUUAUAAAUAGAUGCAACUCCAUGUACCUUCACUACUCCUUUAAUUAAUUUGCAUCAAACAAGUUUUUCUUUUAGCCAAACCCUUCUCUGUUUCUCUCUGUUUUUUCCCCUGUUUUUUCCCCUGUUUUCAGAUUCUUCAAUGGCUGAAAUUGAUUAUCGGAGCAAUAACUCCGAUAUGGUUACCGGUCACAGUACACCACUGAAGCUCUUUGGUUUCAGCAUUAUACAGGACGAAAUUAUGGGUAGUGAUUCAGCCAAGAAUUCAGCUGAAUCGCCGGAGUCAGAGACCGAGGCAGCAGCACGUAAAUAUGAGUGUCAGUACUGUUACCGUGAAUUUGCGAAUUCUCAAGCUCUAGGAGGUCACCAGAACGCCCACAAGAAGGAAAGAAAGCUACUCAAACGCGCGCAACACAUGCAAGCCUCUCGCGGCUUAUCCUCUCCGCAUAUGGUUCCGAGUUCCAUGAUCUCUGCGUUUGCGCCACCAACGAGCCUCUUUUCUCAGGCUGUGGUCCCAUCAGCACCUUGCCAGUCAUCAUUUUAUGUCUCGCGUGGCAGCACGGGUGGUCCUUUACAUCUGCUGCAUGGCGGAACGUAUCAUUGCGGAACCGCUCCAGGAAGGCGUCUCUAUGCCGGAGAAGGGGCAGAGGCCCUGGCGGGUGAUAUCAGGGGUCAUGUAGGGCUGUUUCCGGCGGGGAAGGGGUUCGCCGGAGACGACAGUAGGCGAAAGAUUGAAAAGGGGCUGGGGUUGGAUUUGCAUCUCAGUCUUGGGCCAGCGGUACCGUAAUUAAUUAGAACUCAAGGUUACAGUGGGACACUGGGACGAACCUAUAGAAUAGAUCCAUCCAAGGUCAUUGGGUUUUUGGUGAUACGCUAAUGGCUUGUUAGGCCCACUUUGAUGAGCAAAAAGCAAUUAAAUAUAUGUAUUUAUAUUUAUAUUUAUAUGCGUAUGCAUUUUGCUCAGUUUGAUCAAAUAUAGUAUGUAUUGAAGGUUUUCUGAUUUUAAUUUAUUAAC